AUUUCUUUCGACCUAGCAGAAUAUACUGCUGACGUUGAUGGGGUUGGCACUUUACGGCUCCUAGAUGCUAUUAAGACCUGCGGCCUUAUCAACUCUGUGAAGUUCUACCAAGCCUCCACCAGUGAACUUUUUGGAAAAGUGCAAGAAAUCCCACAAAAGGAGACCACCCCUUUUUACCCAAGAUCGCCUUACGGGGUGGCAAAACUGUAUGCCUACUGGAUUGUGGUGAACUUCAGAGAGGCCUACAAACUCUUUGCUGUGAACGGCAUCCUCUUCAAUCACGAAAGCCCCAGGAGAGGGGCUAACUUCGUUACUCGAAAAAUUAGCCGGUCAGUAGCAAAGAUUCAUCUUGGACAGCUGGAUUGUUUCAGCCUGGGCAAUCUGGAUGCUAAGAGGGACUGGGGCCAUGCCAGGGACUACGUUGAGGCCAUGUGGCUGAUGUUGCAAACGGAUGAGCCCGAGGACUUUGUCAUAGCCACUGGGGAGGUCCAUAGCGUCCGUGAAUUUGUGGAGAAGUCAUUUAAGCACAUCGGGAAAACCAUUGUGUGGGAAGGGAAGAAUGAAAAUGAAGUAGGACGAUGCAAAGAGACUGGCAAGAUUCAUGUGACAGUCAAUCACAAGUACUACAGGCCAACUGAAGUG